UGGGACACUGUAACGCACAAGAAGGAGGCAGAGAAACCACAACAUUUGGAUAUCAGUGACCGCUCUCCCUCUCCCUCUCUCUAACUCUCACACCCACCACAUCGACUUUGAACCUGUUUGUUUAAAUACACGGAUUUACAGCCUGAGCACUUACUGUUGAAGGCGGCGGGAGCGGAGUUUUCCAACUUAGAAACUUUCUAGUUUCCCUGAUGGUGCGGAGUGGAGACGGGGAGCUGGUCUUUUAUCCGAACCGUUCGGACGCGCUGUCGCAACUGUCACGGACAAUGGAAACUGAAUCUGGGAGGUUCUGAAGUCAUCUCUCUCCCCCGGGAGAGUCCUCCCUCCCCCCGGGGCGAUGCAGAUCUCCCUGCUACUUCUCCCAGCCUCUCUGUGUGCCUUGGUCCUUCUCCUGGCACCUGCCUCGGAGGGCUGCGGUCCGGGGAGGGGAUACGGCAAGAGGCGGCCCCCGAAGAAGCUCAUCCCGCUUGCCUACAAGCAGUUCAGCCCCAACGUGGCCGAGAAGACGCUGGGAGCCAGCGGGCGACCGGAGGGCAAAAUCACGCGUAACUCCGAGCGCUUCAAAGAACUCACACCGAAUUACAACACUGACAUCAUCUUUAAAGAUGAGGAGGACACGGGCGCCGACAGGCUCAUGACGCAACGCUGUAAGGACAAGUUAAACUCUCUGGCCAUCUCCGUGAUGAACAUGUGGCCAGGUGUGAAGCUGAGGGUGACUGAGGGCUGGGACGAAGACGGUCACCAUUCAGAGGACUCGCUGCACUACGAGGGCCGUGCUGUCGACAUCACCACCUCAGACAGGGACAGAAAUAAGUACGCCAUGUUGGCCCGUUUGGCUGUGGAAGCCGGGUUUGACUGGGUCUACUAUCAGUCCAAAGCCCACAUCCACUGCAGCGUGAAGUCAGAACACUCUGUUGCAGCAAAAACCGGCGGCUGCUUCCCUGGCGAUGCUCAGGUAACCGUUGAAGGUGGUGGUACCAAACUGAUGCGUGAGCUCCUCCCUGGUGAUCGGGUCUUGGCGUCGUCAUCGGCAGAGGGCCACGCCCAGCUUCUCUACAGUCCGGUUUUGUCCUUUCUGGACCACCAGCCCAACAUCACAAAGACCUUCUACAUUAUUGGGACAAAUGCAGGACUCAGUAUCAGCCUCACAGCGGCUCACCUGAUCUUCAUCUCAGACUGUGCUGGUGGACCGAACAAGUGGAACGAAAGCGCUGGUUUUGGUUCCACGUCGCAGGGCCACGGAGGAGGUCCAAGGACAGUUUUUGCCAGUGACGUUCGGCCAGGACAGUGUGUGUUUACAUCGACUGGCAAAGCAAACUGGCACACAAGACUCUCAGUAGUGACCUUUGUGAAGGAGAAGAGGAGUACAGGGUUGUACGCUCCACUUACCCAGCAUGGGUCCAUACUGGUGAACGGCGUGCUGGUAUCCUGCUAUGCCGCUGUGGACAGCCACCAGUUGUCUCACUGGGCCUUGGCCCCUUUGAGACUCUUCUACAGAUUGUUUGGGCCUCCACGUGCACAAAACCCCGGGCUGCAUUGGUACCCUUGGAUUCUACAAAGUCUGGGGCAAGUGCUGCUGAACUCUGAACACUUCCACCCCUUGGGUAUUGAACAAUGACAGAAACAGAGGCCAAAAACAAAAAAGGACUUUCCAUUUCCUGCUUCAGGGGCAAAAUAAUUAGGAGCACAAGUCACUCUCCCACUGGAGGGGGCUGAGGGAGCACCGAAGAUCAACCAAUAUACUAAAGCCAAUGUGUUUCAAUGCUAAAUCGUACGUCAUCGCUGUACUUUAGCUAAAUGUUUUCAUGUAGAAGACUACGAGAUUAAAAUGUCAGAUUUAGAGGCAAUGCGGUGAGUUUGUCAGGGAUCACAAAACAAUUAAGACUCAAAACAAAAGCAGGUUUAUAAAGUAAAGCAGUCAGAUUGCUUCAUUCUUGGUUUAGAUAUAACAUUUAUACUUUGAUUAAAACUGAUUUUCAUGUAUUUUUAGGCCAAAGAGAGAAAGAAACAUCCAAAAGGGACUAAAACAAGAAGCUAAAAAGGUAUUGAUCAAUGUAAGAUGUGCAUAGGUAUUUAUUCACUUGUGUAAUCUUAGACGGUUGAGGAAUCGCUCAUGUUUCUUUUCAGUGCAGUGAAGCAAUGCAUCGAUUCUGCAUUUGAGUUAUCAAGCACCUGCUGGAAAACACGUGCUUUCAAAAUUCCUUCGAUCUGUUUUACGUUUUUCCAACAACUUGAUUGUCUUUAGCUAAUUUCAACAUUUCAUUCACGUUUUUAUCAGAUGUUUUAUUUUAAAACGUUUGAACUGAUUAGACUUAAUGGUUUGAGGUUGUCUGUUUUCAGGUCAGUAAAAAGACUCAGGCUUUAUCCAACUACUGUAUUAAGAAUAUUUUGUGCAUCCAAAUAAUGGCAGACAUUAUUAUUUCUUUUUAAUAGAAAUAUUUUAUUUGGUUUCUCCCUUUUGGAUUGUUUUAAAUGCCUAAAGAUCCACAGGGAAGAUGUAAAUUUUAUUAUUAAUGCUAAAACAACAAAAAACUGCUUUAUGUUGUAAUGCUGUACAGGAAUAGAUAAUAACAAUCUAUGAGUUUUAUUUUCCAACUGCUCCUGGCUGUGGUUGAAUUUUUUUUAAUGAUCAUCAGUAAUCAUCUGGAAACUGCCGGGCAUUCUUCUGUAUGACUGCUCAGAGAUUUUGUUGAAUAUGUACAUUAAACUCUUUAGUGGAGAAACUAUUUAAAGAUCUAUUUUCAGAAAAUGCUUUAAAUAUAUAAAUUUUAUUAUUAUUUUUUGUCUGUUUAUGAAAUUUGUAUUUGGCACAAAGUUUUGGCUUGCGAACAAAACUCUGUGUGCUUUUGUAACAGAAAUAAAUCCAUAAUAUGAUAAUGAAUCACGUUUGUAAUAUUUAAGAAACUAUUUAUGUAAUAAAGUCAGUUUUAGAAACAACACAUGUUCUUGUGCAUCAUUUAAGUUGAACGGGACCAAUAAUCUGACGUUUCUAUCAAAACAGAUUAAAUCCUGCAGAUUGUGGUUUAUGGGUGUUUU